AUUGUUUAGUUAUCCACUAGGUUUUUACCCAGGUCACGGAGUUCUGCUUUGGUUGGCAGUGAUAUGUAAAACCCAAAUAAUUCAAGUUCGCCUCUGGUUCUCUGUUAAGGAUUUUACCGUACGACACAACUGAACAGCUUGUUUACGGGUAUACGUUUUGGGCUAAAAACAACCAAACAACAAGAGCGCAUUGAAGGUGUGUGACUAUUGUCCACCCUGUCAUACAUUUUGUCCUGGAGGAAACGAUUGACUCUCCUGAGUAAUGUCUACCGUGCGAGAUAAAGAUGGCCCUGCCAAGUAUUAUGGAAUGACGGCGACGGAAGCUGGACGAGACGGGAAAGGCAAAAGUCACUCGCAGGAUGGUUCGAAGCAUGGAGGAAAAAUUAGUUCGAAGGGAAUGGAGCUCAAAAGACAGGUUGGAUUGAUCAGUGCUAUAGCUAUGAUCGUCGGAUCAAUGAUAGGAUCUGGAAUCUUCGUAUCUCCAAAGGGAGUCCUGAGACAGACCGAAAGCGUUGGGAUGAGUCUGAUAGUCUGGAUGCUGUGCGGAGUGAUUUCCAUUAUGGGUGCAUUAUGCUACGCUGAGCUCGGCACAGUCAUUCCCAAAUCAGGAGGGGAGUAUGCUUACCUCUUGGACACCCUAGGACCCAUCCCUGCCUUUCUCUUCUCCUGGAUCUCAACCAUUGUUAUUCAACCAUCGGGCGUGUCUGCCGUCACUCUUACCUUUGGUGCAUACGUGUCACAAGCUCUCUUCAAUACCGACGGAGGAGACUGUGACACGCCCACUAUUGCCCCAAAGCUGUUCGCAGCCGUUGCAAUAUUACUGAUUCUGUUCAUCAACUGCGCCAGCGUCAAAUGGGCGACAUCGGUGCAGGUUGUCUUCACUGCGGCUAAAGUUCUUGCUCUGGUCAUCAUCAUCAUCGUUGGAGUUGUCAAGCUCUGUCAAGGUGAAGUCUCUAAUCUUACUCCGCCGGAAUCUUUCGCGUCUUCCACAUAUGAGCCGUUCGCAUAUGGAGUUGCCUUUUACCAGGGGUUGUGGGCUUACGGAGGAUGGAACCAGCUAAACUACAUGACGGAGGAAUUGGUCAACCCCUACAGGAAUCUUCCAUUGGCCAUCAUGAUCAGUAUUCCUCUGGUGACGAUACUGUACCUUUUGGUGAACAUCUCUUACUUCACUGUCAUGACACCAGCGGAAUUACUGAGUUCUAAUGCAGUCGCCGUGACUUUUGCAAAUCGCACCCUCGGCCCCAUGGCUUGGAUUAUUCCAUUCUUUGUCUGUUGCUCUACCUUCGGUGCUGCUAAUGGAUCUGUCUUCUGUGCGGGACGGUUGGCAUUUGUGUCAGCCCGUGAGGGUCACACGGUGAAGGUUUUGUCCAUGGUUCACGUCAGGAGAUACACACCCAUUCCAGCUCUCUUUUUCCAGGCAGCCAUUGCACUUCUUAUGAUAAUUCCUGGCGACUUUGACACUCUGGUUAACUACUUGAGUUUUACCGCUUGGACGUUUAUCGGUCUGACAAUGGUCUCUCUACUCGUCUUGCGUUAUAAACGUCCAGAUGUUCACCGCCCUAUCAAGGUACCCAUCGUCAUCCCUAUAAUCGUCUUGAUUGCUUCGGUGUAUCUUGUCGUCACCCCCGUCAUUGAUAGACCAGCUCUGGAGUACCUCUUCGCAGUCCUCUUCAUCAUGGCCGGACUCUUCUUAUACGUGCCAUUCGUCUACUUCAAAUUGGAACUGCCAUUUAUGAAGCAUAUCACAGUAUUCUGUCAAAUGUUGAUGAAAGUUGCACCAGCGGGGUAUUUUAAAAGUCAAGAAAUCGAAGCUGAGAAAUCGACAUAAGCUGGUGUUUUCUUCGAGGGUAUCACAACAAGCUUGAUCUACGAAGUCCUAAAAGGAACAUGACAACACAGAAAACCAGCCCGUAUACACAAUCACUCUAAGGCACAAUUUCAUUAAGAUGCUUUGCAUAUUAAUUUGAUCUGCCUUCAAACAAAAGGUAACAGGGGACCAGUCACAAUCUACAUUGUUUCAAGCUGAACAAAUAGCCUUAUGAAUUCGGCUAUAGACGAUGUGACCUCUGACGUCACACAAAAACCAUAACAUGAUUCGCGCGCAUACCGCCGGGCAAAACCU